AUGUACGAUCAUGGAGAGGAGAUUCCUUAUUGUCGACGUCUUAAUGAGACUCAACAGCUCGAUCGGAAUAGAAGCCAAUGCGAAAAUGAAGGAGUAAAACUAUCAUUUCUUAAUCUACUCGAAGAAGGUAUUAAACCAAGCAACGUUCUCGAUUGGAGUUCAAGUGUAGAGAUAAAUGAUCUAUAUGCUGCUUUCUUUUUUAAUCGAUCGUUAAUUGAAAAUCACAACGAUCCAUUUAUAUGCAAUUGUACAAUGUUAGGAACAUUCGGCAAAUAUUGCGAAUAUCAAUGGACGAACGAGGCCAAAUCGUUUAGUGACGCCAUCAAAACUCAGUUUGAAAUAAAAGAAGCUGAUGAAGAUCAUCUAUGGAAUACACAGCGGUAUGGAAAGAUUCUGUGCUAUGAGACAUUGCCGUGUAAUACAGGUGAUCUCUGUCUUGAUUGGCGGGAGAUUUGUGAUGGUGUUCAGAGAUGUUCCAGUGGUAUCGAUGAGGAAAAUUGGGACAAAUUAGAAUUCAAUGAAUGUGAGGAUAAUGAAUUUCGAUGUACGAAUGGGAUGUGUAUUGCAGAGGAAUUUUGGCUAGACGGUGAUCACGAUUGUAUGGAUUGGAGUGACGAAGUUUUCCGUGAACAGGGAGAAACAUGUCCUUUCGACGCAGACUCAUUUAAAUGUGAUGAGCAUCUGUGUCCUUACACUAUGUAUUCAUGUGGCGAUGGACAAUGUGUCUUAUGGACGAGUCGAAUGGCAUUUCAAAGAUUUGCCGAAACAUCGGAUAAUUGUCUUAGCGGGCGAAAUCUUAAUUAUAUGUGCGAAGCAAAUCCGUAUCGAUCUGCAUGGACAUUGGAAAGUGGCCUAUGUUCAGUAGAUGAAGGCUACGAUGAUCCUCGAUACUUACCAUGGAAUAUGAUUGAUUCUUCGCGACUAACUGAAAACGAAAAGUGUCAAUACCUAUUUCGAUGUACUUUGUCGGAUGGUUUCGAGCGUGACUGUCCAUGUAACAGCCAUAAUUGUACAGCACUGAUGAUGAAGCACUGGACAUGUCAAAGUCAUCAGUAUCAAUGUCAAACAGGACAGUGUAUCAACUUUGCCUGGGUUUGCGACGGAGAAUGGGAUUGUGCUGAUGCGUCAGACGAAGAAGCUAUCGUACUCAUUCAAAAAUGGUCGAUUCACAAUAGUCGAUUUGAAGAUUUAAAUGAACGAGUUGAGAAAUGCCGAACACGUUAUUUCCAGUCAACAUUUUCUGAAAUUUGUAAUACUUCAUUUGAAUUCGGCUGUUAUCAAGCAAAAGUAGCAAAUCCAUUAGAUAUUCGCUUGUAUCGUCCAUGCAUCAAUCUCACUCAAAUCGGCGAUGGCGUGGAAAAUUGUUAUAACGCAUACGAUGAGAAGAACACGUUUGCAGUGAAUUCAGAGCAAAUGACCAUGCUGGGCUUCCAUUUUACCUGCAAAAAUAAUACUUUCCCGUAUACAGAUGGUUGUGAUUCAGUGAAAGAAAAUAAUUGUACGGAGAUUCUCUGUCCGAAUCAUCGAAACGAUCUUGGAAGAUGCUCAGGUAUUAAAGAUGUACGGUGUCUCGAAAGUGAUCAAUGCGAGCGAAAUGCAAGAUGCAACGGAGAGCGAGACUGUAUACACGGUGAGGAUGAAUACUGGUGUGCUUCUGGUACGAUACAUGAUCAAGUGUUUUAUCGGUCACGAAAAAGAAUGAGUUCGAUUCGUGAUAUUGAACAAGUUGUCUUCGAUUCAAAAUUUCCACUUGCGCCUAUAACGUUAUCCGACAAUGAACAAGCUGGAGUCACUCCCAUCAAUCACACAGAAAACCCGUUUCGAAUUAUGCACUCGUACCAAUGUAAUCGAGGUGUAUCGAUUCUUCAAAUGAAUGAGACUAUAUGUCUGUGUCCACCGGCUUAUUAUGGACGUUGGUGCGAAUUCUUUAGUGAUCGAAUUAGCAUCAUUGUAAAGGAAGAACAGCACUAUUAA